CAAGUUCUUUUAUAUAAAAAAAAAAAACGAAACUUGAAAGGAAAUUGUUUGGGGUUUUAUUCUUAAAAAAUAAAAAAUAACAUCUUUUUUUAAAAAACUGAAUUCUCCUAUUAACUUGGUCUUAGGUUAAGCCUCAAGUCAGCGAUUAUAAAAUUGACGGCCGAGCAAAAAUUAUAACUAUGAAUUUUUCCAUUUUUAACAUGCAUGUGAUUGUUGCGUCUUGGAGCUGUUCAUAUUCCUUGACGGCUGGACCGGCAAAGUACCAAACAAAAACAUACAAUAACGAAGGAUUUGUAAAUUCUUGCACCAGUAGGGGGGAUUCGGGGAGUGGUGGUCCGAGACUCUCUGGCAUAUUUUUACCUUAGCUUGCAUGGAUAUUCAGGGGAGAUGAGAUGGUGAUUUAGGAAGGAUCUCAUACCACAAACAACCUAAACCCCGAAGAAAUAAUAAUUAAUUAUUCGAUUGGAAUUAGCAAAUCUAAUCAAACAUAAUAGAAAUUACAGGGAGCAUUUGAUAAUUAAAAUAUGGGGGAAAAUAAGGUAGGAAAACACCAGGAAAUUCACAAGGUGAUGCAGAAAUGGAGUCCAAAUCAGAGACUUGGUCUUUCUGCAGAUGUCAUUUUCUUCUUUGUUCUUUUUCCUGGAAUAAUCUAUCAUCUGAAACUUCAAAUUCCCACCUCCUGUUUUCGUCUGAUUUGACUUUAGGUGGCAUCUAUGAAAUUAAUUUUAAAUAUUUCACACGUUUACUCUAGCAAUUUAAACAUAGGGCACCGUAACAUCACAAAAUUCUUUUUCCUUGAUUCGUCAUCAUACCAUAUAUAUAAACUUAAUCAGCCAAAAUAAUAGCACAAAGGAUAUCUAUAUAUAAGGUUACAGUAACUCAUAUUAUUUACAAUAAAUUAUAUUUAAUUUUUAUAUUUUUAUAAUGUGAAAGUAGUGCUGUGUUUAUGACUCUUUUUUUUAUAUAUAGAUUUUCAUUUAAUAAAUUCAUACUUGGAGCAACAUUAAGAUCUUAAAAACUAAAUAAUCUAAAGAUAUAUCAUGAAAUUAAAAUAAUAUAUAAAGGCUUGUAGCUGCCAUGAAAACAGGAAUAGACAUCUCUUCUUCCUAUUUAGCGCGUGACCCAGUGACGAUUAAAGUAAGAAAUGAUUUGGUGUAUAAGGGUCUACCAAAAGUGCUAUGCAAUCGCUUGUGUCAAGUGGCCACAUCACUUUCCACUUUAAGCCAAACUCAAUAGUCAGCUCUUUAAAUUCUUGACGAAGCCUGUUCUCGGUAUUUUGUGAGUUCUGUUAACACGAUUUUCUAGCUAGCUAUUAAACUCAUCAUCAUUAUUCUAAUAUUACAUAUUAAAAAAUCAUUUCAAUCUCAAAGUAAAAUUUUAGAUUAUAAUUUAUAUUGUUGUUUAACAAUAAAAAACUUAGAACAGGUUAUUUAUUCGAUCAAAAGUUCAACAUCAUUAAUACUUGUGAGGACAAAUUUUUUUUAGGAUGUUUGGAAAUAUAAUAAAUAUUGUUUUUUAAAGUGUUUUUUUUAGAAAUAUUUAAAAAAAAUUAAAAAUUAAUUUUAAAUAAAAAUAAAUAAAUUUUAACCAACUUUUUAUACCGCAAUUCCAAAUGUACCUUUUAGUCACCCAGAAAUUAGGUUGCAAGAAAAUAUAUAUUUUUACCUACUAAUCAAAAGUAUCUUUCUAGUAUUCAGAUACCAAUGUUUACGGUGGCCGUAGUACAAUAAGUAUAAAGCCAUACAUUUAAGACAUGAACUUGACAAUUUUAACAAGAACACAGAAUUUGACUAUCAGGAUUCAAAAUACACAUUAUCUUGCUGACAAAAUGACCUCCCUACUUGUUUGGCCACCUGAAUUACGUUGAUGCCACUCUCACCAUUCUAAUGGAAGCUUCUCUUUGACAAAAUCCCCUUUGGUCAAAUACGUACUACCAGUUCUAUUGUAUUGAUCGAGUAAAUAACUCCCACCUAUGUGUUUUUUCCUCUUAACUCAAUACUUGAACAACGUUUCCUGUCAAUCCCUCUGCAAAAACACGACCGCUACUCCUUCAGGCCAUGUCUUGGCUUAUCCUACUCCUAACCAUAGCCUUGGUCUGUGGUUCAGCACCUGUGUUUGCUGCUGAUGAUGAGCGAUAUCUGAACUGCAUGAAGUCAUUUGAUUGCGGAAAUAUUAAGGGUGUUGGUUAUCCUUUCUCGGGAUCCGAUAGGCCUGAUUACUGUGGCUAUCCCGGGUUUGAGCUCGGUUGCAGCAACCAAUUUCCGGAGAUCACAAUCAUGCGAUCGACUUACAAACUCCUUGGCAUCAAUAACCGGUCGCGGACUCUCAAUGUUUCUAGAACAGAUUACACAGAAAAUCUCUGUCCUACUCUCCUUUCCAACACCUCUUUGAAUCCAAAUCUCUUGAGUUCCACUUCAGAUCAUGCUGAGGUAACACUAUACUAUGGUUGCCCUAGUCCAAGCCCACCAGCGUUAUCAUCUCAGUUUACUUGCAACAUUAACGACACUGUUAUGGUGGGAAACUUUAUAACAGUCAACUUCUCUGUCCUUAGUAUUACUGAUCCCAGCUUAAUCAGCUACCUGACAACAUGCAACAAUAGUGUUAAAUUUCCUGCCCAUCAAUCAGCUAUUGUGCCAAUUCUAGUCAGUCCAAAUGUAUCAGAGUUUCUUGAAGCUAUUAAUCAAGGUUUUGAGUUGGAGUGGAGUGCAAAUGAUUCAUUAUGUGAUACAUGUGAAUCUUCUGGUGGUCAGUGUGGGUACAACAAGACCACUACAGCAUUCACUUGUUACUGUGCGGGUCAACCUCAAGAUUUUGAAUGCUCAUCAUCACCACAGGCACCUAGUCAAUCUACAAAGAAGUCUCGAAACAGUGCACUCGAAAUUGGACUUAGCUCAGCAGGUGCUGUUAUUGGUGCCUUUGUGGGAUUCUGGAUCUUGGCCUUUAUACAACGGAGGAGAAGAAAAGCUGCCCUAGAGAAAACCGAAGAACUUCCUAUAGCAACUCCUUCAAGCAAAGGCCUUGCUACCUCAACUAAUCUCUCUCAAACCACCCCUUCUCUUACCUCCUUGAAGUCUGACAUUGAUAAGGGUAGUACCUACUUUGGAGUUCGGGUUUUCAGCUAUGAUGAACUUGAGGAAGCAACCAACUUUUUUGAUUCUUCAAGAGAACUUGGAGAUGGAGGGUUUGGCAUUGUUUAUUAUGGUGUACUCAGGGAUGGGCAUGAGGUCGCCGUCAAGCGCCUAUAUGAGAACAACAUGAAACGUACUGAGCAGUUUAUGAAUGAAAUUGAGAUCCUAGCCCAUUUACAACACCGGAAUCUGGUGAAACUUCACGGAUGUACCUCCAGGCACAGCCGAGAGCUUCUACUCGUUUAUGAAUACAUUCCUAAUGGAACUGUUGCUGAUCAUCUUCAUGGAAGACAGUCAAACUCUGGCUUGCUCACUUUGCCUGUUCGGCUAAGCAUUGCCAUAGAGACAGCCAGUGCGCUGGUGUACCUCCAUGCUUCAGAUGUCAUACAUCGAGAUGUAAAAACCAAUAACAUUCUCCUAGACAAUGACUUCUGUGUCAAAGUGGCUGAUUUUGGUUUGUCCCGAUUGUUCCCAACUAAUGCCACUCAUUUAACGACUGCUCCACAAGGAACACCUGGAUAUGUUGAUCCGGAGUAUUAUCAAUGCUACCAACUCACGGACAAGAGUGAUGUUUACAGCUUUGGCGUAGUCUUGAUUGAGCUGAUAUCAGCUUUACAAGCAGUGGACACCAAUAGGCGUCGGCACGAUAUUAAUCUGUCCAACAUGGCAGUCAACAUGAUCCAAAAUCAUGCUUUGAAUGAGUUGGUUGAUCCAUUUCUUGGAUUUGAUAAGGAUUUCGUAGUGAGGAGGAUGGUAACAUCAGUUGCAGAAUUAGCUUUCCGGUGUUUGCAAAAACAGAGGGAAAUGAGGCCAACUAUGGAAGAAGUGUUGGAGAUAUUGAAAAGAAUUGAGAAAGAAAAUUAUGGAGCAGAAAAGGCAGAUGUAUUGGAUAUUAGUGAGGAUGAUGUUGGGCUAUUGAAGCAUGCUUCUUCCCCACUUCAACUUUCAGCAGACUCAAUAAGUGAUCAAUUCUGGGAAAGCAGUUCUUCCACUAAAACACCCCAUUCCUACUAGCUGUAGAGAUUUCCUUAUCCUUCUAGCAUAAAAUCCGAAUUCGCGGUGGCUGAUAUAUACCUAUCAGAAGAAGCUUAAUAGUACCGAAUCCUCUAAAGCUAGAUCAAGCAAAACUAGAGAAGAACAGGAAAGUUAUUCAUUAGACGUUUCUCACUUUCGAAAGAUAUAUACACUACUGGCAAAGGAAUGAAUCCGUCAAAACAAUCAGAAAUACAAGUUGGAGAGGAAUUUCUUCAGAUUGAUUACUGUUCCAACUUCCAUACAUCACAUUUCAUAGGGUGUUAAAAGUGUUGUUUUUUUUCAGGUUUCUGAUCUUAUGUCGUUAAUUAUCAUGUUAUUUAAACAGUCAGACACAGCUUUGAGCCUGCAACAAGAGAAUAGGUUGAAGCAGGUGGGUGUAACGAGGAAUGCAGGCUCUUACAUGGGAAAACUGAAGAUGAACGAGGGGAGGGAAAUUUUGACAAGAUGGGAAACACUUCUGUAGAAAAGUUGUCCGAUCUGUUGUCUUUCUACAACAUGAUAGGCCAGACGUUGGUUGUUGAUUGAUAGUUUUCUUCGUUUCUGGUUGAUGUAUCGCUUUCUUGUUCACCAAAAAUGAUUUGCAUUCACAGGAAACUUGGGUGGCCAUUGUAUUAAUUUCUUUUAGAUAUUGGAAGUUGAUGAUUUUCACAUUUAGAAAAUAGUGAUUUGAUUCAUAGCAAA